UUUUCCUUUCCUCUUCCCAUUCCCCCUUUCUCUUUCCCACUUCCCCUUUCCUUUCCCCUUUCCCCUCUUUCCCGCUGCAGUCAGAGCAGAGACUCCAGCUUGCUGAGCCUUUGCUUUGUUUUUAUCUGUUGUAGUCACAAAUUAAUCUUUGCUGUCAGGGGAUCAAGGCAGGGACAGAUGGCUCGGGGAGAGCCCGGGAUGCCCGAGCCGCGAGCCAGGAGUCCGUCAGCAUGGCCGGACAGUGCGACAGCAUCUUCAGGGGCUUCGCCGGCUGCCUCAUCAGCCUGGGGGAGAGCAUGACCCAGAACGUCCGGCAGCAGCAGCAGCAGCAGCAGGAGGAGGGCGGCGAGGAGGGGCAGGAGCUGGAAACCAUCUGCAAGUCCUGGGAUGACUUCCACAGCUGCGCCAGUGCCGUGCUGUCCAGAUGCCCCGUGGAAGCGGCCAGCAUCUGGGAGUCGCUGCGCCAGGAGUCCCGCAAGAUGCAGUUCCAGGGGAACCUGCAGGAGCUGUGCAGCGCCCGGAGCCGCCUGGGCAGCCCCCAGCCCCCGGGCUCGCCGGCCUCCGAGACCAACCAGGCCACACUGCGGGGCUCGGCCGCAGCCCUGCGCCCCCGUCUGCCGGCCCUGCUGGCCCUGCUGGCUCUGCCGCUGCUGCUGCUCCGGCUCUAGCCCUGCCCAGGGCUGCACCUGCAGGUGCCCAGGUGAUGCCGGCUCGGUCCCUCCGGCUGCUGGCCGGACCCCGCCACGCCCGCCUCCCUCCCGGGCAUCCCUCGCGGGGCACGGUCCUCUCCUGCAGCACUUCAGAUGGAUUUAUAUUUAUAUUAAAAGACACUUUUACAUUUC